ACUUGACGAUAAUGGGUUACAUAAUGGGUUACGUGCCUUCUAGAUAAAUUAUAAACCAUACUAGGUGCACUAAAAAUUGAAAAAUAGUGUCGGAUAUUCAUAGAAAAAAAAAAAAAGAAUUCUCUUGAAUUAUGGGGAUUGAAAUUUACAUCAUUGCAGUGUACUCAUAAUUUCCCAACUUUCUAUGGCAAAGAGAGAUUCAGAACUACAACUCUACAAGAAGAUUUCCGCGCGUGUAGAUUUAUUUUCGUUUGUUGGAAGCCAAAGGAGUUGAGCAAUGAAUUGACGUAUUUUAAGUUUUUUUUUUUUUUCCUAGUCUCCAGUAGAAAGCUUUUGCAUUAUAUAUGCAUAAAUGUAUUAACCCUUGGCCCUGUUUCUAUGAUGUCAUAUGGAGACGUGAUGUGCAGAAUCUGCAUAUACAUUGCCAAUUUCUCGAACAGACUGAGAGGUUAUGAGCUCUACUCGCCUCCCCUCCUGAUGACAAUCGAUGAUGAUGAUUUUGUUAUUUUUGAGGUUUAGCGUCUGACUGGGUUGAUAUCAAAGGUGGUGACUUAUUAAUUAAUAGGCGAUUUCUAUGGUGUUGCGAAGCUUUGUUUUUGUCGGCCCUUCAAAAUGCUUUAAGUCCUGCUAUUACAAGAACUGGCUACUUUGUUUAGGUCUCUGGUGAUCUAGUUUCUCUGGUCCCUCGGGUUGGCUUUUCAAGUUUGGUUCUGACUUGUGGUUUUUUGCUUUAGUUUAUGGGUUUCGGUUCUUGUAUUUGUUGAGCUUGGGUAUUUGACAUGUUUAUAUUAUCUUUGUUGGACUUUUUGUAUGUUUGCUCAUUGGACUUUGUUAAUCCGAUGUUGCAAUUUAACCGAAAAAAAAAAGCUACACACACAUCGCCAAUUUCUCUUAUAAAAAAUAAGUUCUAUCCGCAAAAGACAAAAGGAAGAAGGGUUCUAACUUCAAGAAGCAAAAAUUCUUUCAACCUAACCCAUUUAAAUGUCUCUUACGUUGGUAAUGGCUUAAAAGUAGCUGCAAGUUGCAUGGGGGUCUAUUCGAUCAUUGCUAGAAUGAUUCAUCAUGUUGCGAUUGUUGGUUUUAGAGCAGGGUCGGUCCUUAAUCAGCAUGGAAUGAGAUGAUAUGGAAAAAGAUUUGGAAGAUUCCUUUACCAAGCAAAAUCUUUAUAUUCCUACGAGUCUACUCAAAGGAAGGUUACCAUCUAGUGAUUUAGACAAUAAGAGGUUGCCAUAUAUUGCUCCUGAUUGUCUUUUUUGCGGUAAUAGGGAAACAAUUAAGCACUUUUUUUUUAAUUGUCCUAUGGCUGAGGUUGCUUGGUUCAACUCACCUCUUUAGAGUACGGUCAUCUUGGCUUGAUGGUCACUUUGUUCUGGAUUGUUGGGAAGCACUUACCCGGCUUUUGUGUCCCUUCCCUUCGGAUAUUGAUCUUGUGCCGUUACCGGCCCUUAUUUGUUGGAGUAUUUGGAAGUGCAGAAAUUCCCUGCUUUUAAAAGGUCAUCACCUAGAUAUUCACAUGGUCAUCAACUUUGUUUUGGGCUUUCAAGCUAAAGCAGGUUUGCGCACUCGGAUUGAGCAGCAGCACUUGCAUCCCUAACAAUGGAUACCUCCGCCAUCUAAUCUGUUGAAAGCUAACUUUGAUGCUGCAGUAGAUAUCAAUUAAAAGAAUGAAAUCAGUGCAGUUAUUAUUAGGAACCACACAGGAAGGUCUUUGGAUUGGACUACUCUAGUAUAGACAUUCCUCUUAUCCUAAAGAGUUUAGCUUGCAGGAAUGCACUUCAGCUAGUAAUUACUAAAAGAAACACUAGAAUCAUCUUUGAAGGAGAUUUUCAGGUGUUGAUUAAUGCUAUUUUAAAUCAUUAAUGUCGCACAAUCAUCUGCAACAUUGUUCAUGACGUACGGGAAUUGGUUUCUAAUUUUUAGGUAAUUUCCUUCUAUUUUUAUAUAUUGUGCUUGUAAUAAAGCAGCACACUUUCUAUACCAAAAAGCUCUUCAUGAUGUAUUCUUUCGUUUAAACCUUGCUUUUCAACAUAUGCUUGUUCUAGGCUCUACGCCCACUUGAUUCAGUGGAGUGAAAGUUCAUCUCCAAGAAAAAAAAAAAUUGUAAUUUUGUUUUGUGAAACUACAUGUCGUUAGGAUAAAACAAAUCUCCUAAACGAUACAGUCCAUUUCCCUUCUUUCAAAAAAAAAAAAAAAAAGCGACAAAGUCCACAGGGAACGACCGCAAUUAGAACUGGAAAUUAAUAUGGCCGCAUCUGCACAUGAACAAACAUUCUUUCGGUAUGCUACUUGGCAUUAGAAUGGUGAGAACUGAGAAAGCACUUCUUUGAUUCAAAGUUGUGUGUUCCAACACUUUUGACUUCUGAGGGUAGAACUCCUCUUCGAGAGAUUAUUGGAGUGACAAUAUAUGGAAACUGUACCCAUAUGGACUUGAAGCAUAUCGCGGCAGCUAUACGCCAUUGUGGGCGAGUUCAAAUACUGAAACAUGGAAAAUCAUUUCACUCUCGUCUGAUUAAAACUGGGUAUUCUCAUAAUGUAUAUAUGGCCAGCAAUUUGAUAUCAAUGUAUGUUGAUUGCUCCUUUCUGGAGGACGCACAUAAAAUGUUCGAUGAAAUGCCUGAUAAAAAUAUCGUUACUUGGACCACGAUGGUCUCUGCGUAUACCAUCAGCGGAAAACCUCAUGAAGCUAUCAAACUGUACAUCCAGAUGUUAGAUUCUAAAGCCGAGGUGCCCAAUGGAUUCAUGUAUUCAGUUGUUUUAAAAGCUUGUGGUCAUGUGGGCGAUAUUGAACUGGGUAAACUGAUUCACAAGAGAAUUUCUAGAGAGAAUUUAGAUAAUGACGUUGUCUUAAUGAAUGCCCUUUUGGAUAUGUAUGUUAAAUGUGGCAGUUUGGAUGAAGCAAGGAACGUUUUUGAUGGGAUUUGUCUGGGUGCAAAUUCGAUUACAUGGAAUACGAUCAUUUCAGGGUACUGUAAGGAAGGGUUAAUGAAGGAGGCGGUGCAUUUGUUUAAUCGAAUGCCAGAGCCAAAUGCUGUUUCCUGGAAUAUCAUUAUUGCUGGAUUUGUGGAUAAGAGGAGUUUCGCUGCAUUAGAGUUUGUCUGCAAGAUGCACCACCAAGGGGUUAAGCUUGAUGAUUUCACGUUUCCCUGCGCUCUUAAAUCAUGCAGUUAUGAUUGUUUCUUAGAUAUGGGGAGACAGAUUCACUGUCAUCUUAUAAAGUCAGGUUUUGCAUCUAGCUGCUUCAGCAUGUCAGCACUGGUUGAUAUGUACUCAAAUUGCUCUCAGUUAAAUGAAGCAAUAAAGCUAUUUGAUCAGUACUCAGGUGGCAACGGUUCAAUUUCUGAUAGUUUGGUACUUUGGAAUUCUAUGCUUUCUGGAUGUGUUGUCAAUGGACAAAAUAUGGUUGCUCUUAGUAUGCUUGCAAAAAUCUAUCUUUCUGGUGCCUGUAUUGAUUCUUAUACUUUCAGUAGUGCUUUGAAGGUCUGCAUCAACUUGCUCAAUUUAAGACUAGGGAUUCAAGUGCAUGGAUUGGUUAUUAUCAGUGGGUACGAGUUAGAUUAUGCUGUUGGAAGUGUCCUCGUAUAUCUCUAUGCAAAACUGGGAAACCUUAAGGAUGCUAUUGGACUGUUUCACAGGCUUCCAAAGAAAGAUAUUGUGGCUUGGUAUGCUUUAAUCGUGGGGUGUGCCAAGAUGGGAUUAAACUCGUUGGGUUUUUCACUGUUCAGAGAUAUGGUUAAUUUGGACCUUGAAGUUGAUCAAUAUGUUAUUUCCUAUGUUCUGAAAAUUUGUUCAAGUUUAGCAUCUCUCGGAAGUGGUAAACAGGUUCAUGCUUUUUGUAUUAAGAAUGGAUAUGAAACUGAAGGGGUUACUGUUACAGCUCUAAUUGAUAUGUACUCAAAAUGUGGUGAAAUUGAGGAUGGCAUAACUUUGUUUGAUUCUGUUCUUGAUAAGGAUAUUGUAUGUUGGACAGGAAUCAUUGUGGGGUGUGGGCAGAAUGGAAGAUCUAAGGAAGCUGUUGAAUUUUACAAAAAGAUGGUACAAAUAGGGUUAAAGCCAAAUGAAGUCACCUUUCUAGGUGUCCUUACUGCCUGCAGACAUGCUGGUUUGAUUGAAGAGGCAUGGAACAUAUUUAAGUCCAUGAAAUUUAAUUAUGGGCUUGAACCUCAUAUAGAACAUUAUUAUUGCAUGGUUGAACUUCUUGGCCAAGCUGGGUGUUUCAAUGAGGCAAUGAAAUUAAUUGCUGAGAUGCCAUUUAAGCCUGAUAAAACUAUAUGGAGCUCCUUGCUUGGGGCAUGUGGAACUCUUGGGAACACUGAACUGGUUAGUACCAUUGAAGAAAACCUCCUUGCUACCUCCCCCGAUGAUCCUUCAGUAUAUGUUAUGCUUUCAAAUGCUUUUGCAAUGUUGGGAAUGUGGGAUAAUCUUAGCAAAGUGAGGAAAGCUGCUAAAAAAUUGGGCAUAAAGAAAGCUGGAAAGAGCUGGAUUGAGAUUUCUAGUUAGAUAUAUGCUUUAUUGUGUCGCCUGGUCCAACCUAGUUUUAUAAGUUCAAAUUGAGGGUUAGACACUCUUUCCUGUGACGUAAACUUGAGUAAAUUACUUAUGGGUAAACAACUGGAUCAUGCAACUUAAACCUGGAGAUGUGGAGACAUAAAAACACAACAUGUAUAUUGACGAUCAGAAUGUUUCCAUAGGGAAAACCUUGACGGCAAAGCUUGGAACCAUUAUAAAUUCAGUUUACAGGUAUGCUGAGUUGCAUGCUUUGAAUCCUUUGAUGCAUGGCACAACAACAGUAGUUGUAUGUUCUUGGCUCAUAUCUUUCAUAUUGGUUGGCUGUUCCAGCAUACUGAUAAAUUUCUCAAGACAAGUUAUGUGAGAGCAACUCUUACAAAGAAAAAAGGAAGAGCAACAACAUAUCCGAAGCAAUUAUGGCAUGGAAGCAAGUUGUAAGAUUUCCGUGAUGUGGAAGAUCAGGAGAAGGAAAAAAAUGAUAUCAAAAUUUUCAUUUUUGUUCCAUUUUUAGAGAAGUGCAUUUGGCAAGGGAAGGAGUGGGAGACAGGGAAAAUACAUUAGAGGCACUAAAGUGAAGAAACAAGUAAACCUUAGAAGCAUUUAUGCACCAAAGAUUUGAGCUCUGUUUCAAAUUAUAAUGACUAUUUUGUUGUUCCAUAUUUUUCCUAUUUGCAGUUUUGAAAAAAGAGAGGCUUAAUCAAACAAACUGAGAUGCAAGCGUGAUAUACAUACAUAGCAUAUAUGUAAAAUUUAUCUGUAUGUCAAUUUAAAUUUUACAAAUGUGUUAAACUAGGAUAUGCAUCAACCCCCUAGAAGUUCUCGCACUUGCUGUUCUUUGGAUUUGCAGAUACCCACCUACUCUUGACAGUCUCAUAUCAAUCUCUGGAUCUUCUUUAUUUUUUUCAACCAUAUGGUAGGUUGAUUUGAUGUGAUGCAUAAAAAUUUUGUUAUACUAUUCUGUUGACCAAUUAAACGUGUGAUAAAGGGCUAAGAAUUGAAAUUA